AUGUCCGCCACCCUCGGACUCGGCUGCUAUAUCCUAACAGCAAAGGCCAACAUUUUCCUGGUUCCGGAAGAGCCGGAAGCCCAAAUAGAAGUGCUGAAAAUUCCGGAGGAAGCAACAAAGGGCGCAGACGGGAAAGAUGUCGAGGAUUUUGAGAUAAUCUGCUCCACGAAAGAAGUCGCACAGAGUUCCAUGUUCGCUGUGGGCACCUCCGCGAAGACGUGCGUCAUCUACCAUGCAAAACCUGGGCAAUUAGAAGUUUGCCGCUGGUUCCGCGUCCCGAAGGCGCCGACGUCGAUCGUUUUUGAUAAUAGGGGAAAUGUGGUCGUCGGUGACCGGUCGGGCAACGUCACGCAGUACAGAUGUACCGAAGCGCACAUGGGACGACACGAGAAUGAUGAAGACUGCAAAUUCGAGGGCAGCCCGCUGGCUGGCGGCGUCACGAUGAUCCUGGACGUGGCUUUUUCGGCUGACUUCAAAUAUCUUUUGACCGCCGAUCGGGAUGAGAAAAUUAAAGUUUACCGGUAUCCCGACUGCUCAGCAAUGUACGCGGUGGCUUUCGGCCAUACGGAAUAUGUGCGAUCGGUGGACGUAUAUGAUAGAACCGUUGUUAGUGGAGGCGGUGAUGGUCGUUUAUACCUUCACGAUCUGCACGACGGGACGCAACUCUUUACGACGAAUAAGCUUGGGGAGAAGCCGAUUCGGAGGUUGAGCAUUGUGGAAAUCGAAGGCUUCCCAAACCUUUUCGUCACCUUCGAAGCCAGCCCCAGGUUGUACGUCUUCGGCUUGACCGCCAAGAACAAUCUCGAAUUGAAAGACGCUGUCGAGGCUCAAUCGCCAAUCGUCGAUUUCCACGUCAUCGCGGACCGGAAUUCAAUCUUGUUGUUGACCCGUGAUGGUCUGGACAUCUACAAUCCCAGCGACAACACCACUAUUCGACGAACCAGCAGCGAGCUGGUCGAGGCGGUGACGACGAUCGCUGAGGAAUUGUCGCUGUUCAAGAAUGUUACACAUCAGAACAUGCAAGAAUACCACGAGCGCAAGGCGAAAAAGAUGGCCAACGUCGCCGAGAAGAAGGCCGCCGUCAAAAUCAAGUCC